AUGGCCGUCGACCUCUCUCUCUGGCUCGCUCUCGCGGCCGCUCUCCCGCUCCUCGUCUACCUUUACGUCCGCGCCAACGACGCGAAGAUCUCCAGGCUCCACCCCGCUGCGCUCAUACAUUCACCGGACCGCUGGACCGCUGACGAUGUCCGCCGCACCGCCGCAGAGGUCAAGCUGAAAGCGGAAAACGUGCAGGGGGGCGCACCGGCGUCGUUGUUCUCCCAGGACGAGCUGCCGCCAAAGACUGGGAGGCGGUACAUCAUCACAGGAGGGGCAGGUUUCUUGGGCGGCUGGAUCGUUCUCCACCUCAUUGCACGCGGCGAAGAUCCCCGUCGCAUUCGAAUCGUCGACAUUCGUCGACCUGUCCGCCAAGACCUCCUCGAGGGACCCGCCGCUAAUGUGGACUUUUGCAAGGCUGACAUUGCGGACUCUGCUGCCGUAGAAGCUGCUUUCGCCAAGCCUUGGGCCGACACUGAAGAUGGCCCCGAACCGGAGACCACCCGCAAUGCUUCACUUCAACCUUACUCGGAUGGCGUCAACGUCAAGGGCACGGAGAACGUAGUGGCGGCAGCGCACAAAAUCGGCGCUUUACCCUCAUCUACACUUCCUCAGGACGAUUCCAUCAUUCCCCAGCACCACGAAGACUUCUUCUCCAACUAUGCCGUCUCCAAGUGGAAAGCUGAGCAAGUCAUCCGCCGCGCGGACCGUACAUCUUCUGGUGCCCACACUCUUCGCACAGGCGCUAUCCGCCCAGGAAACGGCAUCUACGGACCUGGCGGCGACCUCCUGCUCGAGCUAUACCUCAUCCGCGGCGAAACCCCGAGCUGGAUCUGGGACAGCAUACAAUCCUUCAUCUACGUCGAGAACGCCUUCGUCGUCGCCGACGCGGGUCCCGCCCCGACCUACGGCGAGGUCUACCGCGGGAUGAUGGACCUCACCGGGGGCGCCGUCAAGUUCCUCUGGCUGUCCUCGACCGCGAUCCUCGGCUUCGCCGUGCUCAUCGAGCAGUACUACCUCCUCCGGCACGCGCUCGUGCGCGCCGCGCCGCCGCUCGCGAAGCUCGUGCCGCCGCUCAGCGGGGACGUCGUCUACCUCCAGCCGUCGAUCUUCAGCCUGACGCAGGUGCACCUCAUCUUCGACGACUCGCGCGCGCGGCGCGCGCCCGAGGACGGGGGGCUCGGGUGGAACGGGCGCGUGACGACGCUCGAGGGGAUGUGCAAGACCGUGCAGGAGUUCGAGCGGAGCGGGGGCCUGGCGCGACGGCGGGCGGUCGCGGGUAACAAGACGCCGGACCACGGGUUCCAGAUCGCGCGGGCGGAGAAGACGGUGGAGGAGGUGAUUGAGAAGCUCGGGAUCCACACGCAGGACAAGCCGCAGGUGGCGAUGGAGGUGUCGUACUGA